AUACGGUGUGAAAUAAUAAACAAGCUUCUUCUUCCCUAUCUCUCUCUCAAUUCUUCUCUCGGAUGAAUUCCCUGGAUUGAAUUGUUCAUAUUCUUCGAAAUAUCUCAUUUCCUAGAAUAUUCUCCUUGAUUUUUGGUAUCAAUUGGUAUCAGAGCUUACGAUUCUUGGCCAAGAUGACGAGAACUAGAGCUUCUGAAGCAGUAAAUGACGAAUCUAAAGACAAAUUGGCACAAAUCCAGCUUCAACUGCAGAAGUUAAUGGAAGGAUUGACGCUCAUCAACGAUCGAAGCUCACAGACGGAUCAGGAACUGGGCAAACUCAAGGAAAUUCUGAAGAAAAUGGAAUCAAAGGACAAGGAUGGGGAUGGUGAAUCGUCUCAUAUGAACAGAAGACACGAUGGUUCACAUCAUGGUUCCACUUCUGGUAAUUCACUUACACGGUUCUCUAGAUUGGAUUUCCCAAAGUUUUCUGGUCAGGAGCUUAGGGCUUGGCUCUAUAAGGUGGAACAAAUAUUUGCCAUGGAUGAUGUUCCACCUGACCAGAGGGUAAAGAUUGCUGCCAUCCACUUAGAAGGAGAAGCCAUUGCUUGGCAUAGAUCAUAUAUGCGUGAUGUGAAUAUCAAUAAUUACAGUUGGACAGAAUAUGCAUUGGCUCUUAAUGAGAGAUUUGGUGAAACCUUUGAGGAUCCAAUGGAGGAACUGAAAAACUUAGUUAAAAAAGGAACAGUUAGGGAAUAUCAAGCAUCCUUUGAUAGGCUUAUGACUAUUGUUAAUCUGUCCAAUGAGAAUGCAAUCAGUUGUUUCAUUGGAGGAUUAAAAACUGAAUUGAACAAGGCAGUAAGAAUGCAUGCUCCAAAAACUCUGAUGCAAGCUUAUAAAAUUGCGAGGUUGCAAGAGGAGAAGGCCCAUACAGAUUUUCAAAUAGCAAGGAUCACAAAAUUGAUGGCUUGUGAUUUCACCAUUGAGUACAAAAAGGGGUCUGAGAAUAAAGCUGCUGAUGCUCUAUCAAGGAAGCCUGGAGCCGAGUUGUUGGCCAUUUCUCUUAUUCCACAAGACUCAACUCUCCUUGAUCAAAUUAAAGCUUCAUGGCAGACAGACACCUCCUUACAGGAACUUAUUUCUAAACUCCAACAACAGCCUCACAAAUUUUUUACUUGGAUUAAUGAGCAACUCAGAUGGAAGGGUAGGUUGGUGGUGGGAAAUAACCCACAACUGAGGAAUGCUAUUAUUGACUUAUGGCACAGUACAACUCAAGGAGGACAUUCCGGAAUGGAUGCUACAAUUAAAAGCGGGGGUGCUGCUGGAAGACCCAAACCCUCGACUGGAACAUCCUCCAUGGCCAGAGACUCCCCCUCGGCCAUAACCUUUUCCCAAGGGGUAGCCGUGCAACUGUUAACAACAGUCUUUGGAGUGACCAUCUUUGCCCCAAUGAGUGAAAGAGUAAAGGGGAGGGUCUCCACAACCCGUAGGGGCAAUAGGCCAUUGCAUGGUGAAGGCGACUGCAUCGGUUCGAUCGUCGUCCCUCCCGCGAACAAUGUUCUUGUGACAUUCUUCUUGGACAAUCAAAGCAUAAGCCUGGUGAAUAUUAGGAACGGGUUUGGUAGCAAUGAGUUGGGAACGAAUAUGGCCAAAUUGUUCGUCGUCGAGGCGAAGUAAAAGGUGAUAAGUUUUCUCUUGUUCUUCUCGAGCUCGAAUGAGUACGGCAGCCUCACAGCAACAGCCGCACGUAGGGUCGACGAAUCCAUAGAUCUUGUUCCAAAGUGUCACAAAUUGGUUGUCCACCACGGUUUGUCCCUUUUGCCGGAGAGAUUGAAGUUUGGAUUUUAAUUGAUGAACACGAGGGCCGUUAGACCCCCCAUAGCGGCUUUUCAGAUCUAACCACAAUUCGUGAGCCACUUUGUGAGAAAUAAUGGAUGGUAGUAUGU